AUGGACGACUCGCAAACAGCUUACGCCCAAUAUCCAACCUACGCUGGUCUUGAACUCGACAUGAUGAAGAGGACUAUGGAUGCUGUUGGUGGUCCUGACGCGAAAAAGGCCCGUUGGUCACCCACUUCGUUCGGUCCUAACGGACUUUCGAACCCCAAUGCGGCUGCGCGCGAUGCGUUUGCUAACUAUGGAUAUGGCCCGCAGGCAAACAUUAACCAGGCAGGCUAUGCCAGUAACUCCCCGCCUGGCGGUUUCAAUGCGAACCCGCUAUAUUCCACUCCGUCGUUGACCAUCAACACUGCCACGGCUCCCAACGGCAUGCAGCCGCAGAUGAGCCCCAACACCGCUGGGCCGUACACACCUCAGCAGCAGCAACCGCCCUCUGCAAGCGGAAACCCUAACGCACAAUACGGCGCGUUCCCUUUCAAUAUGAUGGGUGUGGGUAUCCCUGCGAUGAACCUCCUUACAGCAUAUCCGGCGUACAACGCCCAGAUGGCGAACUUUGCCCAGAAUAUGGGUCAACAGCGCGUGCCAUCCCUCACUAUACCCCAGCUACAAGCUCCUGGCCCAUAUUCGCCAGCUACAUUAUCUGCAGCGCUUGCUGGUCAGAACAAUGCGACAGGGAGGACGGUCUAUGUUGGGAACCUUCCCGCCACGGCGUCCGUGGAUGAACUUUUGAACUUGGUGCACUUUGGGCCUCUCGAGUCCAUCCGAGUACUUCCUGAGAAGUCUUGUGUCUUCUUGUCCUUCUUGGAUGGCGCCACGGCAGCAGCUUUCCACGCGGAUGCUCUUAUCAAGAAGGUCUCUCUGCACGGACAAGAGCUCAAGAUUGGCUGGGGUAAGCCGUCCGCUGUCCCAAGUCAGGUUGCUCUCGCGAUUCAGCAGAGCAAUGCAAGCCGGAACGUCUAUCUGGGUGGUUUAGAUGAGAGCGUCACGGAGGAGCUGCUGAGGGACGACCUCAGCCGUUUCGGGUUGAUCGAUCAAGUCAAGAUCGUUCGCGACAAAAACAUUGGCUUCGUACACUUCCUGAGCAUCUCUGUUGCCACGAAGGUGGUCAACACUCUACCAACGGAGCCGGCCUGGGCGGGCAAACGCGUGAACUAUGGCAAGGACCGUUGCGCUUACAUCCCCAAGUCACAGCAAGCUGCAGCUCAGGCUGCCCAGGCUGCCGCAGCGCAGUCACUCGUGGCGCAGUCUGCGGCUGCAACACUGACACCUCUGCAGGCGGCCCAGCCGAACCCGUUCGCGUCUCCGCUCUCGCCGUACAUGGCUUUCUCGCCGGAUGCGCUUCAGGGCAUGACAGGUAGCCAGGGCUUGAACCGUACUGUCUAUCUGGGUAACAUACAUCCCGAGACGACGACAGAAGACUUGUGUAAUGCUAUUCGUGGCGGUGUUUUGCAGAGCUUGAGGUAUAUGCAGGAUAAGCACAUCGCUUUUGUGACUUUUAUCGAUCCGGCGGCUGCUCUGACUUUCUUCCAAGUCGCAUCAUACCAGGGCCUGACACUCAACAACAGACGUCUCAAGAUUGGUUGGGGAAAGAACUCCGGGCCCCUACCACCCGCCCUGGCUCUUGCAGUUCAUUCAGGUGCCACGAGGAAUGUCUAUGUCGGCAACAUCGAGGAUUUCGACACGUUCAAUGAGGAUAAAUUGAAGAGGGAUUUUGGCGAGUAUGGUGACAUCGAACUCGUCAAUUUCCUCAAGGAGAAGAACUGCGCGUUUGUGAAUUUCACAAACAUUUCGAACGCUAUCAAGGCCAUUGAUGGCGUGAAGAACAAGCCCGACUACGCCAAUCUGCGCAUCGCGCAUGGCAAGGACCGAUGUGCGAAUCCGCCUCGAUCAGGCCCACAGGGUGGUUCGGGUACUCGUCGCUCUGCCAGUGGCAAUGGCCUGGCAUCCGCUGGGCCCAUCAGCGAUGCGAAGGCAGAGACCGAAGGGGAGAAGAUAGACGGUACGAUACUUGACGGAAGCGACAUCAAGGAGGAGCCCAUUGAAAUCAGCGUAUCUCCUGCGGGAGAGGCGACGGCGACCGAAGGCAUCACUUCGCCGAUAAAUUAG